AUUCGAAAGAAUAUCACAAAAUUUGUUCUAUUUCGUUUCCAAAACAACGCCUUAACAAGAAUCGAAUCCCACAACCCCAAAAAUUCAAGAACUCAAAACACCUUCUCUUACUUUUGUUUUUUGUAUAAAUAAUUCUCAUCCUUCCACAUACUGUGCUGAAAAAGCCUCUUCUAUACUCUGUUCUGCAGCCUUUUUCUUUUCUUUCUAGAUUCUCUGCCACUCGCCGUCGCCGUCGUCGGCCGCCGUCUUCGAGUUGAGCACCACUCUAGUGGUCGCCUUGCAUUAAUUUCUGAGCCUAGCCCUUUUCGAUUUCAGCUCAUUUAAAGCGUUUCAAACCCCCACAGAAGUUAAAUCAAAUUCCCUUAUCCUUUUCUUCUGUUUCGAGAUUUAUUGCUCUGUUUUUUUCAAUUUGGGUGAUCUUUCUUCUUUUCUUUUCCUCUUUUGGGUUCUUGAAGAAAGUGACGUUUCGAGUAAGAUCUGUGAAGAUUUAGACGUUUUGAUUUCAAGCGGAAAACGAAAAUGUUGGGACAGAAACAAGCAGAGGAAGCGAUUGUGCCGACCACCGCGAACGAGGUGGAGCACGGCGGAGGAAAGGAGGAAGGGGAAGAAGCCGACGGCGGAGAACAGCCGCAGAACUCUGUUUUUCAAAUGAAAAACCUCCUCUGGCACGGCGGCUCUGCUUGGGAUGCUUGGUUUAGUUGUGCUUCAAACCAAGUGGCUCAGGUGCUUUUGACUCUGCCUUACUCAUUUUCACAACUCGGAAUGCUCUCCGGAAUUAUCUUUCAGAUUUUCUAUGGGCUGAUCGGAAGUUGGACAGCGUAUUUGAUCAGUGUUCUGUAUAUCGAAUACAGAAGCAGGAAGGAGAAGGAGAAUGUUAACUUCAAAAACCAUGUCAUUCAGUGGUUCGAAGUACUUGAUGGACUAUUGGGACCUCACUGGAAGGCUUUGGGGCUCGCUUUCAACUGUACUUUCCUUCUCUUCGGAUCUGUCAUCCAGCUUAUUGGAUGCGCAAGUAAUAUCUAUUACAUUAAUGACCACUUGGACAAAAGAACAUGGACAUACAUUUUCGGAGCAUGUUGCGCCACCACUGUCUUCAUCCCUUCUUUUCACAAUUACCGGAUUUGGUCCUUUCUCGGCCUUGGUAUGACCACUUACACCGCCUGGUACUUGGCUGCCGCCGCCCUUAUUCACGGCCAGACUGAAGGCGUUACCCAUUCCGGGCCGACAAAACUGGUGCUCUACUUCACUGGCGCCACCAAUAUUCUUUACACCUUCGGCGGCCACGCUGUCACUGUGGAAAUAAUGCACGCGAUGUGGAAACCCCAGAAAUUUAAGUAUAUUUAUUUGAUGGCUACGCUGUACGUUUUCACUUUAACGCUGCCAUCAGCUUCCGCCGUUUAUUGGGCCUUCGGUGAUGAACUUCUCAACCAUUCCAAUGCCUUCUCGCUCCUUCCCAAGAACCGCUUCCGUGAUGCCGCUGUUAUCUUAAUGCUCAUUCAUCAGUUCAUAACAUUUGGGUUUGCAUGUACGCCGCUAUACUUCGUGUGGGAGAAAGUAAUAGGAAUGCACGACACAAAGAGCCUAUGUUUAAGGGCAUUGGUGAGGCUGCCAGUGGUUGUACCAAUAUGGUUUUUGGCUAUUAUUUUCCCUUUCUUUGGUCCAAUCAACUCCGCCGUCGGUGCUCUCUUGGUUAGCUUUACUGUCUAUAUCAUCCCCGCCGCCGCUCAUAUGCUUACCUACAGAAAAGCUUCUGCUAGACAGAAUGCGGCGGAGAAGCCACCAUUCUUUCUCCCAAGCUGGACGGCAAUGUACGUACUAAACAGCUUCAUAGUGGUGUGGAUCUUCGUAGUCGGGUUCGGGUUUGGGGGGUGGGCUAGCAUCACCAAUUUCGUCCGACAGAUAGACUCUUUCGGCCUUUUUGCCAAGUGCUAUCAAUGCAAGCCUUCUCAUCCUCCUGCCCCUCCGCCGACACAUCGUCACUAAGUCCACUUGCUUCCCAACUCACUCACUUUCUACUCUGUAACAUAAACGUCAAUAUGGUUUGGUUGGAGGCGAAAUAGUAAUAUUUUCCUCUUUUUGUUUUUGAAAAAAAAAAAAAAGGUUUAAUUUUCAUAUGUGUGUCUUUGGGUUUUUGUUUAUUUCAUUUAAUUUUAUCUAUUAGUUCUUAGUGUAGUUCAUUUUAAUCUCUAAUUUCCUAAGUUGUGAUGUUUUUUCUAGAUGUAGUUAGAAAUUAUGUUUCUGUGUUAUGUCUAUGUUUGACUCUCAUAAUUAAUAUAUGAAUAUUUUCCCUCUUCUCUCCA